CCUGAGUUCUCCCUGUUUUCUCCAUCUGAUCUCAGCUAAGCUGAUCAGGGUGUGGUAACGGGAGAACGAACUCAAACUGCUCCACGUCUUCUAUUUCCGCGAUCAAGAUGGCCGGAGUUUUGGUCGUUCUCGCUUUCGCUGUCUUGUCGAUUGAAGGGGCUUUGGCCGCAACGUUCACCCUGACGAACAACUGCCAGUACACCGUUUGGCCCGGCUUGCUCUCCGGCGCCGGCACCGAGCCGCUUCCGACCACUGGCUUCGCUCUGCAGUCUGGCGAAUCGCGCAACCUGGAAGCGCCUUCCGCGUGGUCCGGCCGCCUCUGGGGCCGCACCCACUGCUCCACCGACGCCACCGGCAAGUUUACCUGCGCCUCCGGCGACUGCGGAUCGGGCGCCGUCGAGUGCUCCGGCAGCGGCGCCACCCCGCCCGCUACCCUCGCGGAGUUCACGCUCGACGGAAGCGGCGGAAUGGACUUCUUCGACGUCAGCCUCGUCGACGGGUACAACCUCCCGAUGCUGGUGGUUCCGGAGGGCGGCUCCGGCGGCACGUGCAGCUCCACGGGGUGCCUGGUGGACCUCAACGCCCUGUGCCCGUCGGACCUCAAGGUGGUCCUCGCGAGCAGCGACGGCGGCAGCGAGGGCGUGGCGUGCAAGAGCGCGUGCGAGGCCUUCGGGACGCCGGAGUACUGCUGCAGCGGCGACUACGGCAACCCUAACACGUGCAGGCCGUCGUCCUACUCGCAAUUCUUCAAGAACGCGUGCCCCAGGGCGUACAGCUACGCCUACGACGACGCCACCUCCACCUUCACCUGUGCCACCGGCUCCACCAACUACAUCAUCACCUUCUGCCCCAGCACCACAAGCCAGAAAUCGUCGGACUUGAACCCGCAGGCGGUGGGUGUUUCGUCGAGCACCGCCAUCAGCAACAACACGAUGGUAUACGUGGGCGGCAGUCAAUCCAGCGACGGCGCCGCGCUCUAUUUUGCCCGCACGCCAGCGGUGCUGAUUGCGCUCGCCGUCCUCCUCGCGGUGAUCGCGUAGAAGCCGUGUCCUGUAGUGCGGCCGGCCAUGCUUCGGUCACGUGGGCUCUGCCAUAUUUUCGGCCGUUGGGGCGUCUACUCCUAGACGUACUCUCCUUAAACGCGACCCUCUUAACUUACUCUCCCUGAAAGAAACAUGUCGCGACAGAAGGCACCAACAGAAAAGUAGGUAUUAAUGACGGAGAGAAUGAGUGGGACGCGAGUAAAGGACACUGCGUUUGCUGCUUGCCGUUUAAUUUUCUUCUUCUCCGGUUACGUGAGAAUUAUUCUUUUAUUUUAAUUUGUUUUCUUAAAGAAAAUAGUAGUUCAGUUCUUGAAAUAGGAAUUUGAUUGAUACCAGAAUAUUUGGCUUACUUGA